AUGCAGGGCUUGGUACUGUUCGCGCUUGUGGCCGGCGUUGUGCUGGCAAGAGGCCGAGCUCCAAGAGCAGUUCUGGAGGCAUCCUUCAAGGAGCGAAUCCAGGAGGUGCUAAAUGGCUCGGCGACGUCGGCCGCGGAACACUUGGCCACGCGCUUGGACUCGAAGCCGGGCCACCUGUUCGCUGGCUACGAGGUCGAGUUUCGAGACCGGCAUCUCGAGUGGCUUCAUGGCUGCCUAGACGUCGUGACUUCGCGAGAUUCCGUUGAGAACUGCAUCUUACGUCAGCUGCAGGCACUAACUGCUCUUUGUGACUUGCAGGGCUUAAGGUAUAAUGAGCAGGUCAGGAAGACUGCAGAAAAACAUCUGGAGGUGCUCCUCAAGGAGCAGAUGCUGGCUCUGCUUGGCAUGAGCGUGCAGAAGGUCUCUGGGGCGUCAAUCCUCCUGGUCCAAAAGCAGCCAGCGAACUCGGCCGAUGUCGAUGCUAGCCCGGCAGUGCAGGCAAGCGCACUAAUGGCGCUUGUACGUUGCGGCGAGGCAGUCAGCAACAAGGAACACCUGAAUGAUGCAGAGGCAUGGUUCCAAGGUCUCAACAUGAUCUACGCUGAGAGCGUUUGGAACAAGUCGUUCACGACUUUUCAUCGUGCAGCUAUCACGUGGGAAUCGCUCGCUGUUACAGCUUUGCACAUUCCGAAGCAUUCCAGUUUCCGAGAUCAGCUGGAAGAGUACAUCCGUGAUUUCGAGGUUUUCCUGCGACAAGCUUGGGAAGCACAUGGGGACUUUUGGUCUUUCUCCUCUGCUCGUGCACUGGCAGUAAGAUGGUCUUCCAAGGGUCUCCGAAAGCAACAACGAAAGCUGUUGAAGCGCUGGGCACAGGAGCACGUCGAUCGCUUUCUGGGGAGAUCAAGUGGGAUCAAAGCGGGGCCUGAGGGAGUCUCGGAGGGCAUCCUGGCACGGAUCGGCGGCAACCGCUACACCUGCGGCCCGCUACAGGGUCUGGCCUCGCUCGCCGGGAUACUGAAGGAUGCCGAGUUGAUUCAGGUUGUGUUGCAGCUCAUGGAGAAGGAUAUCCUUCGUUACCAACUCUCAGACUCGAACCCCGGCCCCUUUCGCUCUGCGCCACCGGAGCUGUUUGGAGCUUUUUUCCGGGACGGCGAGCAAAUGAAUCUGGAGUCGAGGCAGAGCCUGCGCGUAGAUGACACGGCGAUGUGUCUCAUCGCUAUCUCGCACCUCAUCGAGACCUUGCAGAGCAUCAGAGGAGUGAACGUCGAUCCAACAGCUGAGCAAGGGGAGCUGUGA